AUGGACACACCGCCCACCGCCUUACGUUCAGAGUUCUUCGACUUCUUGAGUCUGCCGCUUGAGCUACGCAACCGCAUAUACUCUCUACACCUAUCGAAUGAAGGCGUAGUUGACUACUUGGAGGCCGAUGAUGACGCUGAGGAGAUCACCCACGACGAACCUGCUGUAUUUUUCGCUUACGCCAACCGCAAAUGGGCAAUGGGAUGUGCCCCUCAAACUUCGAACGGACUUACGAUCGACUGUGCCCAGCGUCCGGCUUGCAUCCCCAACGACACUGCCGAGAAGGUCGAAAGGCUCAGUCUGGACAUCGUCAUUGAUCUAUGGUCGCCAACAAACAUCAUCACAUCUGUCGCGAUGGGUGAUUUGACCAAGAUGAAGUCGCUUCGCACCAUCGAAUUGAAUCUGAUUCUCGAAUGUGGCUACGACCCAUCUCCAGGCUGGCUCAACCGACGCAACGACACUUAUCGCAAUUCCCCUCUUCUCAUCGGCUUGGUGUGUCAAAUCCUGAGCCAGAUCCCUGCUCGAAUCUCUGUAAUGUGGAAGUCUGCAAUAUGGGAUCAAGAAACAAGCGGGGACGAGGGCGAGGUCGAUGCUGAUUUACUUUACCUUGCACAGAAGUACAGUGCUACCAAGGGGUGUGCGUGCAUUAUCAAUCAAACCAAAUUUAUGCUCGUCCCUUCCGUCACCCCAUUCUCGCUGCUUGCGCUCUACAUGCUUCUCGCCUCGGCAACCUUCUCCAACCAGAAUGGUCUGCUGUAUGCGCGCCAGCGUGCAGCUCAGUUGCACGUCUACGAACACAAGAACCAUCCACAGCACAUGUCACUGCAGAUAGCCAUCGGAUCGGCAUCACCAAAGUUAUUGCUCACAGCUGCGUUCACGUCUUCCUCGUUCGAAAACACCAACACCGGAGGUUUGAGUCGUGACACAACACGCACAAACUCUACACAACUCGUUGACGGCUCUGACGGCUUAUGCGGAAAACACUCUCGACCCAUCUCCAACCAAGGCGAGAAGUUGAACGAUGGCUUGACCUCACGCAUCGAAGAAAUGAAUCUCGCCAAAGACACCGAUGAAUCGGUUGAGACCUCUAUUGAGCAGCAGCACAACGACGCGACCAAUGUACCGGAUGACGAAGAAUGUCCUACUGGUGUUGAUACACUUGAUUGCGAGGAUUGUGGUGGACCAGAACAGACUUGGGAGAUCAGCCACAAUGACUAUCACUGCAGAGGAAUUGCAGAAGAACGAUACAGAUGGAAGGACUGCUACUGUGUCAACUGGGAAAACUAUCGCGGACCCUGCAGAUUUGGCUCUGACCGGGAGGACAACUACUUUCCCUUCGAGAACUUACCAGAUCUACCAAGCCCGAGCGAGAACUCAAGCGCUCCUGAGGAUCAUGUUGGCGACCAUGAUGAUCUCAACGAUGACUCUGCUACCAGCGAGAGUUUGCUAGAGUCUGGAGUGGAAAGGUCUGCUGCUGUGACAGAAGAUGAGGAACAAGAAACAGAGCGGGAUUGA